CCCAACAUAUCAUCAUCAUUCAUCACCAAAAUCAAUAUAAGUAGUUGAAAAGAAAUAAGAGAAAUAAAUUAUGAUCAUCAAAUCAAUAUCAAAUUUCACUAUUACAUCUCAUCAGUCAUCACCCACAAUAAAUCAAAAUAAAUCCCUCUAAAGUCUAAAAAUAUAAUUAUUUCAUAUUUAAUUUCACCUAUAAAUUUCUCCUUUCUUUUUUCAAUCGCUUCUACCUUACUCUCUUUCUCCUUUCUACCAUUAAAAUCAUAACUCCAUGAGGUUUCUAUUCGAAUGCGUGACUUGCCGUAGCUCCGUCACAAACACCCAUUCAUCCGACGAACCGUCGUCUCCAGCGACGCCUACGACGGAAGAGACCCUCACACUCGUUACUUCCGGGCCGGAAGUGUCGAAUCGUAGGCGUCGGAAAAGAGGGAGAACUAGAGGUUCUUCGUCGGCGGCGGAUUGGAAACCGACACUUUUUGCGAUAUCGGAAGAUAACGCAAUAUCUGCCUCUAAUACUUCUCAGAGGCCAGUUAACCGUAAACCGGUUACUCCGGUGGUAUCUCCGACUCCUAGGAAUGUUAAACGUUGUGGGUCUUCUUCAUUGGUUCAAGUCAAUGCCCGUACCCGGUCUUAUGAUUAUGGGCGAGAACCUUUAGCAAUGAUGUUCCCAGCAUUUACAGCAGCUCCAUUCAUGUUUUGAUAAUUUUACAAUAUAUUUGUAAGCUAUUCUCCUUGUGAAACUUGUGUAAGUAAAUGAAUUUCAAAGAAUAGUUAGUCACUAUAAUAUAUGGAAUUCAUCUGAGUUAGUGAAUGUAUAUUAUAUAUUGAUGGGUA